AUGACUCCUGGAGAAUCCGCUCAAGGCUCUGCAAGGACGCCGCCAGCGACCAUAGGCGGGCCAGGGUCGCCGUGGGAACUUCCUUCAUCGGCGGAAGCAACGCAGACGUGCGGGCACGGUGAGACGACACGGCGAGAUCACGCGGAGCAGGAAGAGGACGCGGCGGAGCAAAAUGAGCCCACGGCGGCCCGCCACCAGCACCUACGAAGCCCAUCCCCGCAGGCAGCGGCCGCUCUGAACGCGCCGGGGAUCCAAAGGGAUUGUGGGGCAGGAGCGCGGAGAGAGGGACGACGGGAGCAGCGCGAGGAGCUGAUGGCGACGCCGACCCCGCAUGCGAGCGACGAAGCUCCUUCUCCACGUCAUCAAGCCUAUCCAGAAGACGGCGCUCCAUUGCGGACGGCGCUGGACCCGCUUUUCCGCCGCGACUGUCACCUCCCCGUCGCCCACGACGCGCACGCCCACUUGCGCUCGAGCGCACAGGCGACUGCGGGCGAGAUGGGCCCUGCUGACGCUGGCGGCCAGGAAAACGGUCCCCGCGACGAGGGGAGUAGAGCCGUUGGCGCUUUGCAGGAGGGGGCGAACGCGGAGCUGGGGGCCGACGCCCAGACGUCUGGCGGGCAGGCGACCGCUGGCGAGAUGAACGAUGAGGGGGCGAACGAUGACGAUGCGAACGGCGGUCACGGGAUCGGCUUCGCGACGCCACGCGACGAGGCGAACGAGGUGACAGCGGCGAACGGGCCGCACCGUGACGAUCAUCGCGGCGGCUCUCCCGCUUAUCGUCGCGAGCUGCCGAUGAGCGACGGCGAGGCGAACGCUCCUGGUGCGCCACAGCCUCUGCGCCGGAGCGCAAGACGGACCCCGCGCGUAGGGGCUCCGGCGGUGACAAGGACCUGCCCGCGCGCCGAGCCAGCUCGCGCUGCUGGUCCUCGAAGCGGCGGCGGAUCUGAUCAGCGGACGCCGGCGGAGCAACAGGUACGCUCGCGGCAGGGCGUGCAGGAGGAAGCGGACGGGGAGCGGGAUCGCUCUCCGUGGUGCAGUCGCGGCCCAGAGCGCCGAGGAAAUCCAUCGGCGAGCGCUCAGGGCGCUCCACUGCCACAAGAGGAGCCGACGACGCCGAUCUCCCAGGCGCAACAGGCGGCACCUGUGGCAGCCACUCCGAGGAGCGGACGGGGAAGCACGCGGGGGAGAGGCGGGGGUCGAGGAGCGCGCGGAGGGCAGCGGAGUGCAGGCCAAGCGGCGAGGGGGAAUCCGCGCCAACUACCGAGCCCAAUCUGGUUGGGGGAGCCGGCGGAACGAGUCACGCGCCAGUCGUUUGCUAGACGCGGGGGGAGAGGGGGAACGACAGCGCAAGCAGUGAGAAUCGGUGAUACAAACGCAGAAGGGAGCGGCGACGAAUAUGUACCGUCAGAUCUGAGGCAACCCGACAACCCCGACUCACCUCUCGCGGAAGCGGGGGAGGACCAGGCGCAGCAGCAGGAGAGAGGUUCUAGACGCCGACAGAACCGCAGACCCCAACCCCCUCCGGACCAGGCCCUGUCAGCGUCCCAACUGGCAUCGAGGGAGGAUCUCUUUGAGAUCGCGAUGAGCUGGGACUCUUCAACCCUAACGUCAACCACCCACCUGCCUAUCGUCCGCCGCCUGCCGCCGCAGAUACUAAGCGACUACUCCACCUGUAUGCUGGCCGCCCUCUUACGGAUCUCCAAACUGCCCAACUGCGCGGGAGCGUGGCGGGUCCUCAUGUUCCUGCCACGUCUCACUUUACGACUUAGCAGGAGGUCCAGCUCUAAGUGGAAGGUGCUGCGAGAGCAGAUGCACCUAUUCAGAUGUGGCCACUGGAACCAGCUCUACAGUGACUACGUGGGGUCCCUGCACCAAGCUGAGCCACCUCAGCACCAAAACGACCCCCUGGGAAUCUGCUCACGUGUGGAGGGGUUGGUGAAACGGGCAACGCUCGGCGCGCUUAAGUUGCUGACGCCGCUGCUCGCCCAGGAUGGCCUCACCUGCAACCUCAGAAAAUCGUCGGCGUGGUCCACGACGCCGCUUGAGGGUGACGAGCUCCCCGAGGGCCUCCCACUCACCCACGAGGGGGUACGGGUGUUGGGAAGUCCCGUGGGGUCACAGCGCUUCUGCUCUGACCUGGUCCGCAGUACUCUGACAGACGCAGCGGCACCCCUGGGCUCCCUAGCAUCCAUCCAUCCACAGCAUGCCCUCCUGCUCCUGUCCCGCUGCAUCAGCCGCAGAAUUGGCUACUUGCUGCGCACCACCCCAGCGGAUGUCCUUCCUCUCUCGGAAUGGCACGCGUGGUGCGCCGAACUGCUCAACACCGCCCUGACUGCCGCCAGCAUCCAACCACCCCGCCGCGAAGCCGAGUUCAAUUUUCUCAUCCGCCAAGCAACCCUCCCAGUGGCCCUAGGUGGACUGGGCCUCACGGAUCCCACAACAGAAGCAGCACCAGCCUACCUGGCCUCAACGACAGAGGCACUACGCCUGCUCCGAUCACUCGACCUGCCAGCAACCGCGGCGCUAGGGAGCAACAGCAACGCCCUGCAGCCGUCUGCGGCACACUCGGUCACCAUCCAAGACAUGGAGGGACGACUGCCGCCGCUGGCGCUGCAAUACCUCCGUGAGGAGCAAGAAACCCCGUCCCAAGACCAGCUGCAGCGGGCCCUCUCUCAGGAAGAACCACGGCAGGGGGAGGAGGCUGGGCGGGAGGCGUCACUGGCUCCCACGGACGCGGCACGGGGGGGCUGCCAUACAGGCCCUGAUGGAACGAUGGAGGGGCUGGUACUGGCUGAGGGCCUGGAGCAUGCAGGCGAGGUGACGGUGGAACGUGGGGCAUUGAGGGACGUGGCGGCUGCGGCUGGAGGGGCAGGGGAAAACGACGUAUCGGGGACUGAGCUGGUGGCUGCUGCGGCACCCAGUUUGGCGGCUGCAAUGGUGCCUGAGGCUGCUGCUGCUGCUGCGUCUGCAGCGGCGACGGCGGCGGGCCUGGUGCCUGCUGGCGUUUCUGCCGCUGCCUUUGGCGGCGGCUCAACUUCACCCUCUGCCAUCCCACGGGUUGCACAGCCGGGGGCUGAGGAGCCAAGUCCGGGCGCGGAUAUGGAACAGACCGCGGAGGUGGUGUUGUCCGCGUCGCCGGCACCUGUAACUGCGGCUGUGCUGGCGGCGGCGAUGUCUGCUGCGACUGGGGAGCAGGGCGGAGCCCCGUCGGCGGAAGACGUGAUGACUGCCGCUGCGUGCGCCGAAACGCCUGUUGAUGCCGUGGCCGCAAACAGGCAGGAGUGCGCCCAGGCGGAGGGUGAGUUUCCAGGACACGCACACGGCGAUUCUUCCGGCGCGGCACAGGCGAAGUCGAAGAAGAAUUUGCGCGCCCAGCCAGCGCCGAGACGGCCCGGAGCAGGGCUGGGUCCUGGCUCCCCGGGACCCCUCCUGGGCUGGCUUCUGCAAGGGCAACCGCCAUCAGAGCGAGCGCGUCGGUCGUCAUCUCCGCAUACGCAAGAGGCAAGGGGGGUCUCCGGACUCAAUGAGGUAGCACAUGGGACGACAGCAACCCACCAAGCAGAUCAGCCGGCCUCUAACCAGGACAAUGGAGCAGGCGCCCACUUACCGCCAAGCCCUGCUGCCCCAGCCGCAGAAGGCGUUGCCACUCGUCGCUCGGCUCGACUGGGCACUGUCACGUGGGGCCCUCCAAGGGGAGGCCGUACGCCGUGGAUGCCGGCGGGGAGAGCGGGACUGGAGGCCACGGCUCGAUCGGCGCCGGCGGCGGGCCGGGGUUUACGCGGCCCAUGGCGGGAACGUCACGAUCGUCCAGAGGUUUCAGAGGCUGCGGCCAAUGGGGACGAAGCCGGCUCUGCUGAGGAGAACGGGAAUCCAGAUUUUAUGUGUGGAGAGGAGCCAGGCCCAGAGUCGGAAGAGGUUUCGCUGGACAACGAGGAGGAAGUGGGAAGAGGGCGGAAUCGGGCGAGAGGCACAGGGGAGGGAGCGGACGGAGAAACAUCCCAUGCUGUGGGAGGGUCGGUCCCAGCCGCAGCGGUCGCCAACGAGGUGAAAUCGCCUGCCACCCUGGCAGAGGACGACGCCAUCUGGCAGAUAGCUGGCACGUGGACCAUGGACCUUCUCUAA